GCAGAGAGCCCUGAGAAUAAAGAGAGGUUUCCAAGCUUGGGCGAGACAAGUAGGCGCUAGAGGGCUAUGGCUUAACAGGUGCCCCUUUCAGUCUUUCUUGCAAUUUCUACCCCAGGAGAACCUAUUGAAAGCAUGCUAGAAAUCCUGCAAGAAGGAGCUCCGGAGUGCACCGCGGAUACAAGGUUCUGACAGGGUUAAAACAGUCACCUGCAGCCGAAGUGAGACUCAGAUGGGAAGUAGGAAGUGCUGCGCUGGAGCUUCCUGUAUAAAUAAAUGCAGCUCUCCCCCCCCUCCCCUAAAACUGCUGCUCGCUAGCCGCUGCGCUACCCUGCUUUGCCUGUGUAAGCUUUGAUAGCAGUAUGCUCUUGAGAGCAGGGAGGAGAUUGUCCGCUUAUAAAGGUUUGGGAAAUACGAGUCCUGUUGCAAUCUUGAAAAGUGUAUAGCUGUCAGCAGCUGCACAGGGGGAAAGUUCCCGCUGAGAGCAAUGAAACAAUUUCUUCUCCAGUCGGUGAGCAGCCGAGAGUGGUUGGUGAUAUUAUGAACCUCCUCGGCUGCCCUGAGGAGUGAGUGUGGGGCUGUCGGAAAGUCAGACAGCUGCUGGUGGCUACUAACCUCUUGGUGCAAGGGAUUAAGAAGAUCCGAGAAGUGUCCAGACAUACUGAUGGGCUCUUUUGGUGAGCUCUGCUAUUCUACCAUGACGAUGGAAAAACCAGCAACUGGAGAACUCGCCUUGGCUCCUUUGGUCACUUGCAAGCUCUGUCUUUGUGAAUAUUCUCUGGACAAGAUGACCACUCUGCAGGAAUGUCAGUGCAUCUUUUGUACAUCGUGCCUGACACAAUAUACACAGCUGGCAAUUCGAGAAGGAUGUGGAUCUCCCAUCACUUGCCCUGACAUGGUGUGCUUAAAUCGUGGUACCCUACAGGAAUCAGAGAUUGCCUGCUUGGUAUCAGUGGAUCAAUUUCAGCUCUACCAACAAUUGAAGUUCGAAAGAGAAGUCCAUUUGGACCCUUGCCGGACGUGGUGUCCUGUUGCCGACUGCCAGACUGUGUGCCAUAUUGAACAGAAUAGCUCAGGACAGCCCACAAAGGUUGAAUGUCCUUCUUGUCACCUGACAUUCUGCUCAUGUUGCAAAGAUACCUGGCAUGCUGAUCGCUCUUGUCAGGACAGCCAGCCUGUUGUUGUCUUGCCAACAGAACAUGGGGCCCUCAUUGGGAUGGAUGCAGAAGCUCCCAUUAAGCAGUGCCCUGUUUGCCGGGUCUACAUUGAACGGAAUGAAGGCUGUGCUCAGAUGAUGUGUAAGAAUUGUAAACACACGUUCUGCUGGUACUGUCUCCAGAACCUGGAUAAUGACAUUUUCCUCAGACAUUAUGAUAAAGGGCCCUGUCGGAAUAAACUGGGUCACUCCCGAGCCUCUGUGAUGUGGAACCGAACACAGGUUGUAGGGAUUCUUGUGGGAUUGGGCAUCAUAGCCUUGGUGACCUCGCCUCUGCUGCUACUGGCCUCCCCCUGCAUCAUCUGCUGUGUUUGCAAAUCCUGUCGGGGCAAGAAGAAAAAGCAUGACCCACCAACUACCUAAAAGCCUGCACCUUGUGGGCAUGCAUGUACAGGAUACGUGAGGUAUCUUGAGUGAGGACCUGGUUACGGUGCCCUCCUUAGCAGACUCGUCUCCUUAUCCUUGCCAACCUUUGGAAGUGCCUAUUGUCUACAGGCCUUGAACUUGCUUACAAGUCUUCGGUUUGGGGAAAAGCUAAGCUUUGUGUUGCUAUUUGAAAAACACCUGGUUGUAAAGUCCAGACUAUGAAUGUGGAAUAUGUCUGGAAACUUUGGGGUUGAAUGGGAAGGACCAGCAUCAUUUUGUCAUCUGAAGCGCCAUGAUUUCUGGACUGUUCAUCUUGCGGCCAAGGAGAAGGAGCCUGAGGAAACAUCUCCUGUCACAACAAACUGUGUUUCCAUGAUUAUUACAUGUAUGACAGGAGUGGUAGGGGAGACUUACCUGAAGCUCCAUGAUUCCUGCACUGGACAGAAGAAGGAGCCUGAGGAAACUCAUCUCCUGUUACAACAAACUGUAUUGUCAUGAUUAUUAUCUGUAUGAUAGGAGUGGUGGGGGGGAGAGAUAGAAAUGCCAUCUUGGCAAGAUAUGCUUAUUUUUCUACCAUGAUAGAGUAGAAUGCGCAGGCACAAAAUCUUCAAUGUGUGUGUAUGUGGGUGGGGGGAGUGUUGAGGUGGGGAAAGAUUCACCUAACAAAGAAAAGAUCUAAGACAUACAGCCAACCAUAUAUGUUUGGGGAAUGAAUCUAUAGAAAUGGUAUCUGCUUCUGUGAAGGUAAAAAUAGGUGUUUGGUGUUAGGUAAGAGUGUCAUGUUCAUAAUAUCUGCAGAAAGUUCUGGGUUGUUUCUUUGUAACCUCACCAGGGGAAGAGAAGCCUUCAGAAGGGGUCUGUUUUGAAUAAGAGGAUUCAUGGAAUGAGAGUAGUGGUAAUACGCCUGUUCCAACAUCUCCACUUACCACCAAUUUUCCUAGGAGACCCUUGUCCUCUAGUUAAAGGACCUAUUUUAGACAUGUGUUUUAUGUGAGAGAAAAGAGAUCAGUGUGGUCGAAACCCUCUGAAGUCUUCGUUGUAGAAAACUGUAGGCACCAUAGUUUGGCCCUAGAGUCUUAGAGCUUUAAGAUGUAGAACGGGGCCUAAAAGCAGAUCCUGUCAAUAAAUAUAGGUCACAAAUCCCCUGUCUACUGUAUAUCCAUCUGGUCUCUACCUUGAAAGAAAUCCCCAUUGUGCAUCCAUGUGAAGCCAGUUUAGAAAUGCCCAAAUGUAAUGAAGAUAAACAGUUCCUAAGAAAAGGAAUGAAAAUCAGAUCAUCCCUUUCACACUGAAUAUACUCUGUUUUGAACUGGCCACCAGAUCUGUUACUAACUGAAUAUGUCCUGUGUCUUGUCAUAGCAAUAGAGAAUAGGAGUCUAGUGCCAUGCCAGGAUGGAAAGCAGAAUUUUUCGUUCCCUUAGUGUUUUUCUUUUAGAGCAGGUUCUCCCAUUGGCUGAGCACAAGAUGUGGAUUUCCAGUGCACAUAGACAGAAUUGUACAAUUCAUGCAGACUACAGUCCCAUCUCCACCUCCUUAGUUGGCAGUUUCUUGAGUUUCAGUAGCCAAAUAGAAAGCCAGUGACCUAGAGGCCUGUUUCUGAUCAUGAGCCUCUCUGUACCUAGGCUGAUCCUCAGAGGUCAAUGGGGCCUUUCCCUCAGCUCAUGAUCAUAGCUUUUAAAGCUUGAUGGGCUCCAUUAGAGCCACCAAGCUGGUCAGCUUUUUAGAACCCUCCACACCCCAGUGAGGCCUCUAGGUAGAGGACAUUAGUGAAAAAGCACCAAAUAGGGUGCUAAUUUAAAAAACCAAUUUAUAACAGGUUGGUUGAGAUGAAAAUGCGCAAGCUCCAUUUUUCUGAGACUCAUGUCACUUUAUGGAUGCUUGGGGGGUCUGCUUUUCCUAUAGCUCCGUAACUUUAACUUUUUUAAGGACAUCUCUAGUAUAUUUGGUUGGUAGUCUAUGCUUAGUGCAUAAAAAAUUAAAUAAAUUCUGAUCCUAGGGGGUUGUGGUCAUCUUCCUCUAUUCAGAAACUAUCUGGAUAUACAGUAUUUACUGAUGUACUUGGCUAGUUGACAUAGAAGAUGGCCAUAGUACAGGGCCCAGUCAGUCACAUAUGCAUUAUUAGAGGACAAAGGUUUGCUCAAGCAAGAAGGUAGUGGGGAUAUACAUUUUUAAAGCACUUUAAGUCAUACAUGUUAUAUAUUGAUUUGUCUUUUUUUUUUUUUUGGUAUCCCCAGCACUUAGCAUAGUGCUUGUCACACAGUAAGCACUUAAUAAAGGCUUCUUGAUUGAUGGUGUUGUAUUAAACAUG